AUGGACUUUCUAAAGUCUGCUGUGGCUUCUGCCAUAGCAAAAGGCCCUCCCUUCCCAUACUCGUUUGGCGACAAGGUGGACAUUGACGAAUCUAUCUGGACACUACGCAACGGAACUAAAAGGGAGGAUGGUUCGAAAUGCAGUAUUUUCUCCUUCGACAUAACCGCAAAUCGGUCGCGACUGCCCCUUGCCCGCAACGCGCUCAAGAAGCUCCGAACUCUACGGCAUCCCGGUGUCAUCAAGGUCCUUGAUACCGUCGAGACGGAAACGUACAUUUAUAUCGCCACGGAAAGGCUAGAUCCACUGCGGUGGCACGUAAAAAGGAAGAGCCUGACAGAAGAAGCUAUGAAGUGGGGCCUUCACAGCAUCGCGAACACCGUAAAAUUCAUCAACAAGGAUGCAUCUUCCAUCCACGGAAAUCUCAAGGUCGGGUCCGUCUAUACCUCGGAGAGCGGCGAGUGGAAACUCGGAGGCUUCGAGGUCCUGAGCGGUGUAACGGAUGACGAAGCCAUCAUCUACACCUAUGGGAGCAUGGUGCCUGACUCUGGGCGGUAUGCCCCGCCGGAGCUCGCUCGAAACGGUUGGGACACAAUCAAGAAGGGCCCUCACACAGCCGUCGACUCUUUCAACAUGGGGACCUUGAUCUUUGAAGUAUUCAACGGCUUCUAUUCUGGUGGUGACCAAGCCGGCCAAACCACCAGCAUACCUCCCUCAAUGCAUUCAAGCUACAAGCGCCUAGUUAAUGCCAAUCCCAAAGCACGGAUUAGUGUAGCGAACUUUCUCGAGAUGGGCCGGAGAAACGGCGCCUUCUUCGAUGUCCCCAUCAUCAAGAUUACUGACGAUAUCGAGAAUCUGGGGGUCAAGUCACCCGAGAGAGAGAGGUUGUUCUCAAAUUUCCCCGAGGACUUCCUCAAGAUGAAGGUCCUCCCCGAGCUCCUCAAAUCAGUCGAGUUUGGAGGGUGGGCCGAAGGCCCUCGAGGUCACCCCUAUCAUUAUACGACUUUUGGAAAUCCUGAUCGGGCCAUCCGAGUGUGCCUUCUAGAUGGCCUACCCCUCAUCAUCGACAAACUGACGCAAAAAGUCGUCAAUGACAAGAUAUUCCCCCAGCUCGUUACGGGAUUUACGGAUGUCGCGCCCUUGGUUCGAGAGCAGACACUCAAAUCCGUUCUUGUCAUUGUUCCCAAACUUUCAGACCGAACCGUAAACGGCGAGCUACUCAGGUAUCUUGCCAAGACGGCCAACGACGAGCAGCCUGGCAUUCGAACCAACACCACCAUCUGCUUGGGCAAGAUGGCGAAGAAUUUGAGUGGAUCCACGAGAUCAAAAGUUCUGAUUGCCGCAUUCAGUCGGUCUUUGCGUGAUCCUUUCGUUCAUGCACGGAGUGCUGCCCUCAUGGCCUUAGCCGCAACCACUGAUUGCUUUAGCGACGAGGAUUGCGCGAGCCGGGUCCUCCCAUCAAUGUGCCCGCUGCUGGUCGACAAGGAAAAGCCAGUCCGUGACCAAGCGAACAAAACCAUUGAAGUCUACCUACAAAAGAUCCGCAAAGCAGCGGAAGCUAUGGCGGACUCAGCGCUGCCCCCAGUCCAAGCAGCUGAUGGUUCUGCCCCUCGCAUGGGCACCCCGCAACCAAGCGAAUCAGCUGCGGCAGGCUGGGCGGGCUGGGCUAUAUCUUCCUUUACGAAUAAACUGUCAACAGCGGCCGGCGAAAUUCAGGCCAACGGAGCUACAUCUCCCAAGCCCAUUCCCCCAGGUCCGCCUCCGGUCAAAUCAGCCCACCAAUCCUCGGCAUCCACACUUCACCGGCAAGCUGUCAAGUCUCCGCCCCCGGCAAAGCCCUCGGACAAGUCACCUCCUGCUAGCAGUCUGGCCUACGAUGACGGUAGUGAGCCCGACUUUGCCGGGUGGCUCGCAGCGCAAUCCCAGAAGAAGUCUGGGGGCAAGCCCUUACCCAAGGGGCUAGCAAAGGCGAAGCCCACCACCACCACCAGCGCGUCGAGACCAGCCCCUUCCGCAUCCCGCACCCCUUCUACGGCGAAGGCUACAACAUCGAAGCCUGCGGCCGGAAAGAAGAUUAGUCUUGCCCCAAAGCAAAGUAACAUGGAUGAUGAUGGAUGGGGUGAAGGCUGGUGA